CUUCCAAAGACGAGGUCAGCAGUAACUCACGGCUUUGAGCACAUCAAGUUCUAGAGAUUGUGGAAUCUUCUCUGAGAGAGGACGGAGGAACGUCAGAAUGACCGCAGCUCCUUGAGGCGACGAGCGUCAUGGAGGUCAAACUGAACCUUUGCUGCAUCUUCUUCAUCCUGACGGCCGCCACCGUAAAGGCUCAAGUCAAUCCAGAAAUGUGUCGCUAUCCUCUGGGCAUGACCGGCGGGCAGAUCCAGGACGAGGACAUCUCUGCUUCCAGUCAGUGGUCCGAGUCCACAGCCGCACGAUUUGGAAGACUGGAGUUUGACACCGGCGACGGGGACGGGGCCUGGUGUCCCGACAUCAUGUCGGAGCCAGGCGGCUUCAAGGAGUACCUCCAGGUGGAUUUGCGCUCGCUGCACUUUAUCACCCUCGUGGGCACCCAGGGUCGCCACGCCGACGGCAUGGGCAACGAAUUUGCCCAGAGGUACAGGAUAAAGUACAGCCGGGACGGCAGCAGCUGGGUGGGCUGGCAUGACAGGAUGGGAAAUCAGGUUAUCGAGGGCAAUGAGAACACCUACGACGUGGUCCUGAAGGAUCUUGAGCCCCCCAUCAUCGCCCGCUUCGUCCGCUUUAUGCCAGUCACCGACCCCUCGUCGAUCGUGUGUAUGAGAGUGGAGCUCUACGGCUGUGAAUGGCUGGAUGGUCUGGUGUCUUAUAGCAUUCCAGACGGACACCAGAUGAUCUACAGAGGCCUGGAUGUCUUCUUCAAUGACUCUGUGUAUGAUGGAGCAACAGCUCAAAGACUGACCAAGGGCCUGGGCCAGCUGACGGAUGGCACCUGGGGUUUGGAUGACUUUCUGCACAGCCAUGUCCCUGGAGUGUGGCCUGGGUACGACUAUGUGGGAUGGAGCAACAAGACUUUCCCAAAAGGUUAUGUGGAGGUGGUCUUUGACUUUGACCACAUCCGCAACUUCACCUCCAUGAAGGUUCAUUGCAGCAACAUGUUCAGCCGUGGAGUGCGGCUGUUCAGACAGGCCACGUGCUUCUUCCGCUCCGAAUCAGAAUGGGAGCCCGACCCCAUGACCUUCAGGCCAUCCGCCGAGCCCCUGAGCCAAAGCGGCCGAUUUGUCACCGUGCCCCUCGGGGAUCGAACGGCCAGCAGCAUCAAGUGCCGUUUUCACUUCAGCGAUCAGUGGCUGCUGCUCAGCGAGGUGGCCUUUCAGUCGGGCUCUGCCGUUUACAACACGUCGCUGGGUCCUCACAAGCACGGACAACAUAAAAAAUCCCUUCCAGGGGAGGAUCCCACUCACAAAGUGGACAACAGCAACACGAGGAUCCUGAUUGGCUGCCUGGUGGCUAUUAUCGCCAUCCUUUUGACCAUCAUAGUCAUCAUACUGUGGAGGCAGGUCUGGCAGAAGAUGCUUGAGAAGGCCUCCCGCCGCUUGUUGGACGACGAGCUGACGGCUCGCCUCGCCGUCCAGACCCAGGCCUUCUCCUUCCUCCGCUUCUCUCAGUCCAGCGAGGACGGCUCUGGUUCUGGUUCCGGCUCCAUCUCCACUUACGAGAGAAUCUACCCCGCCUGCGCCGACUACCAGGAGCCUUCUCGCCUCAUCCGCAAACUGCCCGAAUUUGCUGAGUGCGCAGAACACCUCGAGUCGGGAACCUCCAGUAGAGCAGGCGUCGGUUCUGACGGCGCGCCGCAUUAUGCCGAGGCGGAUAUUAUCAGUCUGCAGGAGUCCUCGGACAGCGGCUUCUUCACAGCAGUCAACAUGAACCUCUUUGCCGGAUCGGAUUCGACCUUGAGGGAGUUCCCAAGAGAGAAGCUGACCUUCAAGGAGAAACUGGGAGAGGGCCAGUUUGGGGAGGUGCACUUGUGCGAGGCUGAGGACAUGCAGGACCUCUUGGGUGAGGAUACGUCAACAGAAGGUGGCAGCGAGUCUCCUUUGCUCGUAGCUGUGAAGAUGCUACGGGAAGACGCCAACAAGAACGCCAGGAACGACUUUCUGAAGGAGAUAAGAAUCAUGUCUCGUCUGAGGGAUUCCAACAUCGUCCGCCUGCUGGCGGUGUGCGUGGACACGGACCCUCUGUGUAUGAUCACGGAGUACAUGGAGAAUGGAGACCUCAACCAGUUCCUUUGCAGUCUCAGACUGAAGACCCUGACUGAUGGCGAGACGGACCAGCAGGAGGGGAGCGACGAAGUCAGUUCCGUCAAACUGCUAGGCAUGGCGGUGCAGAUCGCGUCUGGGAUGAAGUACCUGUCCUCUCUCAACUUUGUCCACCGGGAUCUGGCGACCCGCAACUGCCUGGUGGGGAAGAAUGACACCAUCAAGAUAGCGGAUUUCGGCAUGAGUCGUAACCUCUACAGAGGGGACUACUUCCGCAUCCAGGGACGAGCCGUCCUGCCAAUUCGCUGGAUGUCCUGGGAGAGCAUCCUUUUAGGUAAGUUCACCAUGGCCAGCGAUGUGUGGGCCUUCGGGGUGACUCUGUGGGAAAUCCUGACCCUGUGCAAGGAGCAGCCAUACUCGCAGCUCUCUGACGAGCAGGUGAUCGAAAACACGGGCGAGUUCUUCAGGAACCAAGGCAAGCAGGUAUACCUGCCAAAACCUCUGUGUUGUCCUGACAGAAUCUACGCCGAUCUCAUGCUAAGCUGCUGGAGGAGAAACGCCAAGGAAAGGCCGAGCUUCCAGGAGAUACACGCCCAGCUGACGGAGAGCAGAUGAGACACCAAGCAUCUUCUGUAGGGUUAAUUAAGCCUGGAAGUGUCAGUUCUAGAUUAACUGGACAAACUAUGGAGAGAAAUUGGGGUCACAAAGUUUGUUCAAAAGAAAAAAAAUCUGAAACUGAAGAAAUAGUUUUACACUCUGUUUAGCAGUUUGAAAACAUGUUUUUUUUCCAGUUUCAGAUCUUUAUUUUCAGUUUCACUUUUAAAACUUCUCAGGUUCAGUUUUGAUUUUCAGUGUCAAAAUAAUUUUUCAGGUUCAUUUCUUUCAGUUUUAAGACUUUGUUUUUUUCAGUUUCAAUUUUGUUUCUUCUGAACAAACUUUAUGGCUUCAGUUUAGCUCCAUACAAACUGUUUCAGUAAUGGGCAGCCAUCUGACAUACCAUAAAAACACUGAAUUACAAAAAUUGGAUAUCUGAUUGCUUGAAAGGUGUGAAAAUAACCAGGUUUAAACUACAUACAUAUAUUUUGGGAUGCAUGAAAAAUGAUGAAUAUGUGGAAGUUUUAUUUGUUAUUCUCUGAAAAAAAUAUUUUUUACAGAAUAUUGACUGUUCAGGUACAACACUUGAGCAAAUGAGAUACGAUGUUUAUUUUGUCUAACAUUUAUUUUGUGAAUACUUUUCAGUUUGAUGGAUUUCAAAAACAUACCAUUAGCAAGACUUGCUAUUUUAAAGGGGGCUUUGUAAUAUUCUAAAGGUUUUUUAAGUUGCAUCUUUGUCUUCAAACUUUUAUGCCUCAUUUGGUGAGAGAACUUAUGUAUUUACAUACCAAUCUUUCCUAUCCAGUCAAAAUAGUGGAUUAUAGAACUGUUUCAAGAUCACGUCAUUUAAAGUUUUCUUUUUAAUUACUAAUCAUGUCAAAAACAAUAAUUUCCCUCUUACCUGAAGUUUCAGUCCUCCUGUUUAUUAUGUGGAUGCAUCUGAAAUAAUCUUUGGACUCGAUGUAAACAAAGAAAAUUGUAUAACUAUGUAUAAGUCUCUGACGCUGUAAGUGACACACACAUAAGAUCUUGAAGAAAACACAAUACUGCUUUUAUACAGAAUAAGCAGUGUGUACACACCGCAUCCACUCAUACAUGUAUUUAUUUUUACAAUAUUUUUAUAUUGUUUCUAUUUAUAGUGUACCAAUAAAAUUUCUUUACAGAUUUUGA